AUGGAUUUUCCUAAGCGUAGGCGAUACAAUAACAAUGACAUAAUUGGCCGUGAAAAACUACCACGAAUUUCAGCCAAAUCAGAUCAACAAAGGCAGAGAGAGAGAUUCGAAUUAUACGAAUUCGUUGAACAAGAAGUUUCAGGAGAAGGCAACUGUCAAUUCCGCUCAAUUUCAGAUCAAAUAUAUGGGAGUUGUGAGCAUCACAAAUUAGUAAGGGAACAAGUUGUUAAACAACUCAAAUUUUGUCAAGAAAUGAGCAAUUGUGGUGAAUGGGGUGAUAAUGUAACUUUGCAAGCUGCUGCAGAUUCAUAUGGCGUUAAGAUAUUUGUCAUUACAUCGUUUAAGGACACCGACUACAUUGAGAUUCUUCCGCAAAGUGAUUGUGAUCACAAGUCGAACAAGAUGAUUUAUUUGAGCUUUUGUGCUGAAUUGCGUUACAAUUCAAUGUAUCCACAAGAAGAGUAUCCUGCUGGAGAAACCUACUGGUGGGCAUAG